GCUCGCAAGUUGUUGGGUUCUCAUCUCCCAUUUCCAUCUAACAUGCUAACCUCUCAACGAUCAAGAAAUCUCCUCCUCCCCAAUUCUUUCCUUCCCAAAUUCCGGCACUUUCCCGGUACCCAAACACGACCUCUCAACACUCUCUCUUCACUCUUGAACCUCUGCACCAAACCCAGACAGCUCACCCAAAUCCACGCCCGCUUCAUCCUCCAUGGCCUCCACCAAAACCCGACAGUCUCAUCGAAACUCAUCGACUCUUACGCCACCUUUGGCCUGCUUAAUCUCUCUCAACAACUCUUCAAUUCUUUUUCUAAUCCAAAUUCGGUUCUUUACAACGCAAUGCUGAGAAAUCUGGCCAUGUUGGGUCAUUUUGAGAGGGCCGUUUUGGUUUACCGAGAAAUGGUCGAGAAAUUCAUUUACCCGGAUGAGGAAACUUUUUCUUUUGUUUUGAGGUCGUUUUGUUGCUUGGGAGAUGUCGAAAAUGGGAAAAGGGUUCAUGGGUGUUUGGUGAAACUGGGUUUGGAUUCAUGUCGUUUGGUGGGUUCUGCUUUGGAAGAUUUUUAUAGGAAAAGUGGUGGUAACACGGGUGGUGGAUUGGAUUAUUGGAAUUUUUUUAUUGUUAAGGCUGCUCAAAGUGGAAAUGGAGUGGAAAGUUUUAGGCUUUUUAAGAGGAUGAGAUUAGAAAGUGUAGAGCUUAAUUCGGUUACUUUGUUAAGCUUGUUGAGGUCUAGUGUUGAUUUGAACUUGUUGAGUGUGGGAAAGAUUGUUCAUUGUUUGGUUUUGGUUAGCAAUUUGGGGAAAGAUUUGGCUGUUAAUACUGCAUUGUUGUCUAUGUAUGCAAAGUUGGGUGCUUUACGAGACGCCGGAGUUUUGUUCGAGAAAAUGCCCGAAAGAGAUUGUGUUGUUUGGAAUGUGAUGAUAUCGGCAAAUUUUCGAAAUCGGCGUCCCAAGGAUGCCCUUAGAAUGUUGAGCUGCAUGGGAAGAUCAGGAAUAAGAGCUGAUCUAUUCACUGCACUGCCUGCAAUUUCUUCGAUUGCGCAGUUGAAAGCGAUUGAGUGGGGCAAACAAAUGCAUGUCCAUGUGCUCAGAAAUGGUAUAGACUACCAAGUUUCAGUUCACAAUUCACUUAUUGACAUGUAUUGUGAGUGUGAUAAAUUAGGUUUGGCAAGAAAGAUUUUUGACUUGGUGAAUGAUAAAACUCUGGUUACAUGGAGUGCAAUGAUCAAAGGAUAUGUGACACAUGAUCAGUUUCUUGAUGCUCUUUCUUUAUUUACCAAGAUGAAAUCUGAUGGGCUUAAAGCAGAUUUCAUUACAAUUAUUAACAUUUUGCCUGCUUGUGUGAAUAUAGGGGCACUAGAGAAUGUGAAGUGCUUACAUGGGUAUUCUAUUAAAUUUGGUCUUGGCUCACUUUCGUCGCUUAAUACAGCGCUUCUUGUUAGCUAUGCGAAAUGUGGAUGCAUAGAGAUGGCUCGGAAGCUUUUUGAUGAAGAGAAAAUCAAUGAUAAGGAUGUGAUCACAUGGAACUCUAUGAUCAGUGCGUAUGCUAGGCAUGGAGGUUGGAAACAAUGUUUUGAUUUGUACGACCAAAUGAAGCAAUCGAACAUUAUACCCGAUCAGAUUACCUUUCUUGGAGUAAUAACAGCGUGUAUAAAUUCUGGUCUUGUGGAAGAAGGGAAAAAGGUUUUUAAGGAGAUGACGGAAUCAUAUGGUUGCCAACCAAAUCAGGAACACUAUGCUUGCAUGGUUGAUCUACUAGGUCGUGCCGGGCAUCUCAACGAGGCCAGGGAACUUGUGAAAUCCAUGCCUUUUGAGCCAGAUGCUCGAGUAUGGGGACCUUUGUUGAGCGCAUUUAAGAUGACGAAUUCAGAGACUGGCCUUGCUGAGUAUGCUGCUGAGAAGCUUAUAACUAUGGAACCGAAAAAUGCCGGGAAUUACAUAUUGCUCUCCAACAUAUAUGCUGCGGCAGGAAAGUGGGACGGAGUUGCGAAGAUGAGAAGUAUUCUUAGGGACAGAGGGCUGAAAAAAACCCCAGGGUGUAGCUGGCUCGAGAUAAAUGGACGCGUACAUGAGUUCCGCGUAGCUGAUUGGUCUCAUCCAAGAUCUAAUGAUAUAUACACAAUAUUAGGAAACUUGGAGCUGGAAAUCAAGAUGCUAAAGGACAAGAGAUUAGAAAAUAUGAUUUAAACCCAAAUUCUGUCACCAGAGGAUUGGUUUUUGCAUUGAUUAUGGGAGAGUAGAUAUCCCAAAUUCUGUUCACGAGAGGAUUAGUUUUUGCAUUGAUUAUGGGAGAGUAGAUAUCAGCUUCUACAAUCGUUACUAAGGAACAAUAGCUGAAACAAAAAGACCAUAAAAAGACAACGAACUAUUUUUUGCUAGCCAUAAAGAAAACGCAUCACGGAGAAGGUAAAAGAUUUGAGCUGUAAGGUGUUGAGUUGUUACGCGGCCUCUUUAUACUGUACACUUUCCCUUUGAUCGC